AUGAGGGAGUCCGACAGUCUGACGCUCGACGGUGGCCGCGUCCUGUCGUAUGCGAUCUAUGGCUCGCCUGUGCCGCACACCAGCGUUUUCUACUUCCACUCCUUUGCUUCAUCUCGCAAAGAGGCGAAGAUCUGGCAUACAGCCGCAGCGAAGCUUGGUGUGCGUCUGGUUGCUCCUGACCGCCCGGGUCUCGGCAAUUCAAGCUUCCAACCUAGCCGCACGUUCCUGGACUGGCCCAAAGAUGUUAUCGCCCUUGCGGAUCACCUCAAAAUCCAGACUUUCUACGUCAUGGGCUGGAGCGGCGGUGUAAUUGGAAAUGCAGCGCGCAACCCAGACCCAAAAGUCUACGAGGAGACCCUUACAAAAGCAAUUGACGGCAGGCCUGAGAUCGACAAGCGGGCCAUGAUGGAUGAGAAGAAUUGGCCGGGCUUUUGCGAGGGCACAAGAGAAGGGCUCCGACAAGGCGGCCAAGGCACGGGCGUGGAGAACAAGCUUAAUGGAAGCUCCUGGGGGUUUGAGCUUGCCGAGUUGAAGGUUGGUGAGGGUGGAGUUCCUCUGACGCUGUGGCAUGGAACCGAGGACAUCAACUGCCCAGCCACCAUGACGUUGAAGGCGAAGCAGCUUUUGCCUGGCGCAAAACUGAAUAUGCUGAAAGGGGAAGGACAUGCAAGCAUUGCGUUCAAUCAUCAGGAGGAGGUUCUGAGUGAGCUCAUUGGUGCUACGGAUAAUUGA